AUGUCAUACAAGGAGAUGGAGACAAAGAACAGCGCUACAGCAUUUCACCAGAAGUGUGACAACAAGGGGCCCACUGUGACGGUGCUGUACAACCAACAAGACUCGGUGUAUGAGGAAUAUGCUAGUUCAAACUGGACCAGCAGCACCGGCGCAUAUAUAACAGAUUCAAACGCGUUUCUGUAUCAACUGAAGUAUUCCGGCAGCGACACACUCACAAAGUUUUCAUAUCUCGAGACGCUUAUCAAGGACAUCGUAUCGUUCAAACAUUCCGGAAAGCUUGGACUCUCAGAUGUCCGUAUCCUGAUGCUGGGUCCAGUGGGGACGGGCAAGUCAAGCUUCUAUAACACCAUCAACUCCGUCUUUAAGGGCCGUAUCUCUCAAAGUGCCCCAUGUGGGGUCGCUAUCAAUGGCAUUACAAUUGCGUACACACCAUAUGAAGUAAAUGUGAGUUCUGGAGAAUCGUUAAAAUUCCGGCUUUGUGACACACGUGGUCUAGAAGUCACUCAAAGUCUUGACAUUUUUGAGUGCAACUACCUGCUAGAUGGGAACAUCCCAGAUUAUUUUCAGUUUAACCCAGUCGCUCCAAUCAUCCCCGAUAACCCCCUGUUCGUGCAUCAACCAAAGUGUACUGAAAAGAUCCACUGCGUUCUGUUUGUGAUAGACGCUGCCACGAUUGGCGACAUACCACAGAAAAUGGUCGACAAGAUGCAAAACUUCCAAAAACUUAUAAAUCUUAAAGGCAUUCCCAAAGCCGUUCUUCUCGCCAAAGUCGACCUGGCCUGUCAAGAUGUGGCCAGUAACAUUAACAACGUUUUCACCAGCAAGAAAAUUGAGGCCGCUGUAGACAAAGCAUCUAACGUUCUUGGGUUGCCUAGAAACCGCAUACUUCCGGUGAAGAACUACGAGAAUGAGAUGGAGCUUGAUGACAACAUCAGCAUUCUGGCGUUGCUGUCACUGCGUCAACUGCUGUUCUAUGCAGAGGAUUAUCUACAGGUCCUUUCGAUUAAGAUGAAAGCGCUAGAAAAAGGCAGUGAUCAAGAAUAA